AUGAAGGAGAGCGGUAGAGACCAGGUGGCUCCAUCUGUCAUUUUUAUUCCUCCAGAGAGCCCAGCUUGACCAAUGAAGCUGAAUUCUGCAGGGGCUUAUUUUUAUCUCCUAUGCGUUGGAUCGCUGCUUUUUGUGAAGUCUGCUUCAAAGGAGCAAAUACUUAAUGUUGGGUUCAUUAUCGAAGGUGAAUCCCAAAGUUGGGCACUGGCAUUCCAAAAGGCAACUGAAGCCGCCAACCAGACACUGGCCGAAUUGCUGACCGGACGGCCCCACCAAGUGCGACUAGUGCCCGUCCUGAAACACAUUGAAGCGGGAAAUGCUUUCGCAGCCACAAAAGCAGCAUGCGAGUUGCUGAGGGAACCGGUGGUUGCGAUAUUUGGGCCAAACGGCAAUGCUGCAUCAGCACAGGCAUUGCGCGUCAGUCACAAACACGGCAUUCCCUAUAUGGUGACUAGGUGGGGAGACGAGCCGCACUUAAACAACGUCUCCAUUAAUCUUCAUCCCCCGCAGAGCGUGAUUGGCCACACACUUAGGCGUUUUGUUGAAGAAGCUGAGGAAUGGAAGCAACUGGGCCUCAUCUAUACCGAUGACGAAGGUUUGGAGAAAUUUGAAAGUUUGCUCGCGCAUUUCAAGGGCGAUAUCAUUAUGCGUAAAUGGGACCGCAAUGAUCUGAUACAUAAAUACGUCAUCAAGUAUUUCCGGACAACGAUGUCACAGUUCCGUUUUGUGGUCGACAUUCCACAGUCAGAAAUACCCGAAUUUCUGGAUUUGAUAAAUGAGUACAACAUGACAAGCCAGUACUAUAGUUACAUAUUUACGGAUUGGGUACGUGAACACGCAAUCUUCUUGUGA